AUGGCUUCAUCAGUUCUUCGUUCUCAAAUUCCCUUAGGAGGAAUAUGCGAUGUAGAGUCUGCAAAACACGUUGCAAGACGUCUCUUUGAAUCUUACGAUCGAGACAGGAACGGAAUCUUGGAUCAAGGAGAAGUGGCUCCCAUGAUGGUAGAUGCAUACAAAGGAAUGUCCAAAGGGUUCAAUCCAAGCAAAUCCGAUGUUGAUACCUAUUUGAGAAUCCUCGAUAGAAAUGGAGAUGGCAAAAUCACAAUCUAAGACAUAGAAGCUUUAGCCAUCAAAUACUUGGUUGGCAUUACUGGAGAGUCUCCAAAAAGACCAAAGAGACAGUACUCAAAAUUCGUUGAAGAGCGUCUUGAUGUUGCAAGGAGACUCUUUCGUAAAUUUGAUUAAGAUGGCUCUGGAUUCAUCACUGAAAAUGAAGUUCCUUAAUUAUUAAUCGAGACCUACAGAUCCAUGGGUAUUCAAUAUAAUCCCACUUAAGAAGAUGUGAAAUCAUGGAUGAGAAUGACUGACCUUAAUGAUGAUGGUCAAGUUUCACUUGAAGAAUAUGAAGACUUAGUUAUUAGAUCGCUUCAACAUGCAGGAAUCCAACUUGAAUGAUGAUAUCAUUAUAUAAAGAUAAUCAUAUAUCUGAACUUU